UUACAAGAAAUAACAUUAGCCAACGCCUACACCUAACUCAACCCUAAAUAUAUCCUUACAAAUAUAAAAAUAUUAAUCAACUGUUUUCAGCGUUACAAAAAUGAUGCGGUAGUGAAGUGCGCAUGCCCAGUGGAGUAGCUGUAUCCCUCUCGUAUGGCGUCGAGCUGCGCCGGAAGUGACCGGCGGCGUUGCGUUUGCAGCUCGCGCUAACCGGACCGGGACCCGGCGGAACCGAAACUUCAGGAUCGCAGUGGACUGAACGGACAGCUCGUGUUCUGUCUGAGGAUUUCGGACUUUAUCUGCAGUUAUCGGUUCGUCUCGUCAUCUCGCUGUGGCUCUGUGGGAGGACAGUGGGCGGAGUCAGGCUCAGACUCGGGCUGCUAUUGGCUGUGGGGGAUGAGUGGGCUGAAGAGGCCGCAGGGCCAGCGGAGCGGGGGUCGCGGCCGGGGCGUGGAUUCGUCGUGCUGGUUCGCCCCGGGCAUCCUGCGACGUCUGUUCGAGCUGCCGGAGCCGGUUCUGUCCCGUCACCAGCUGAAGCGUCUGGAGGAGCAUCGAUACAGCAGCUCGGGACGCUCCCUGCUGGAACCCAGCAUGCAGCGAUACUGGGAGUGGCUCGUCCACAGAAUGCCGCCCUGGAUCGCGCCCAACCUCAUCACCAUCGUGGGUCUGGCCACCAACAUCUUCACCACGCUGGUGCUGGUGUAUUACUGUCCCACUGCGACUGAGCAGGCUCCUCUCUGGGCGUAUCUGCUGUGUGCGGUGGGGUUGUUUGUCUAUCAGUCAUUGGACGCCAUCGACGGAAAACAGGCCAGACGCACUAACAGCAGUUCUCCACUGGGGGAGCUGUUUGACCACGGCUGUGAUUCCCUCUCCACAGUGUUUGUGGUACUGGGCACCAGUAUAGCCGUGCAGCUGGGAACUCACCCUGACUGGAUGUUUUUCUGCUGUUUCUCGGGCAUGUUCAUGUUUUAUUGUGCUCACUGGCAGACGUACGUCUCUGGUACUCUGCGCUUCGGCAUAUUAGAUGUCACAGAACUGCAGAUCUGUCUAGCGUUGUUACAGACGUUUACAUCCACAGUCGGGCCCAACUUUUGGAACAUAACGGUUCCCAUAAUAAGCAUCCAAAUGAAAAUAAUUCCAGCGCUUUGUACAUUUUUGGGAGUUGUUUUCUCAUGUGUCAAUUACUUCAGAGUCAUAUUCACGGGCGGCGUUGGGAAAAACGGAUCCACCAUAGCGGGUACGAGUGUGUUAUCUCCCGUCCUGCACAUCGGCUCCGUCAUCGUCCUGGCCAUGAUGAUUCAUAAGAAAUCUGCCGUGCAGCUCUUUGAGAAACACCCUUGUCUUUAUAUUCUGGCCUUUGGUUUCGUCUCGGCUAAAAUCACAAAUAAACUGGUGGUGGCUCAUAUGACCAAGAGUGAGAUGCACCUUUAUGACGUGGCCUUUCUGGGUCCCGGACUGUUGUUUCUGGAUCAAUACUUCAACAGCUUCAUCGAUGAAUAUCUGGUGUUGUGGAUUUCUCUGAUUCUGUCUCUCUUGGAUCUGGUGCGUUACUGCUUCAGCGUCUGUAACGAGAUCGCCGCUCACCUGCACAUCAGCGUCUUUAAGAUCAAACUCCAGAGCUGUGAGGCCGUUGAGUGACCUCUGACCCCUCGCAGGAACAGCGGUUUGCUUCACUCGUGACAUCAUCCUUUCAAAUUCUCUGUUUAUUCACCCUCGAGUUGUUCCCAAUCUGUAUGAAUCUCUUUGUUCUGUUGAACACGAAGGAAGAUAUUUGGAAGAAUGCUUUUGACCAAACACUCCUUGGCAGCCAUUGACUCCCAUAGUAGGACAAAAUACUUUGAAGAACGCAGAAACACAUAUAACCACCACUGUAUUUUUUCCUACUAUGGUAGUCAAUGGUGACCAAAAAUCACUGUCACAAGCAUUCUUCCAAAUAUCUUUCUCCUUGUUCAUCGAAACAACCAGAUUUAUACAAAUUGGGGACAACUCAAGAGUGAGUAACAUGGACAGAAUUUUCAUUUGUGGGUGUACUGUCCCUUUAAGAUUAAACCAGAAUGAGAUGAUUGACGUGAUUCUGAACGAACAAUUACUCGAACAGACAAAUUAAUUUUCAGCCCAGCUCACUUUUCUUUGGAUGAUUAUUUUAAGUUUGUUAAGAGAGAUUGAAGCGUUAGCUCUGAAUUACCCACGAUGCAUUGCUCUGAUGGGUUGUGUGCUCUGGUUUUAACGCUGCAUGUGAGUCUAGAUGAAUCAUAAUUUUUCACUUUCAUAAACUGCUGCUAAUAAGGCGUGAGAUGUUUUCUCUCUCUCUCUCUCUCUCUCUCUCUCUUGCUCUCUCUUUGUUGUUGUUUUAUGCACUUGUGUGUUUUUUAUGCACAGAUGUGUUACUGUUAUCUGAAGAACAUUUGUGUUGUUUUUUAUAUAAAGCACUUAAUUUAUUUUAGGGCUGUCAAACAAAUAAUCCCGAUUAAUCCAGAAUAAAAGUUUGUGUUUAUGUAAAAUAUGUCUGUGUAUGUGUUCUGUGCAUAUUUAUUUUGUAUUUAUGAACACAUACACAUGAAUGCAUAUAUUAUGUAAACACAAACUUUUAAUCUGGAUGCAAUUAAUCUUUUGACAGCCCUAAUAUUUCUUUGUUUAUGAAUGAAAUCGCAGGAGAAGUUUACGGUGAAUCUUUAUUUGAACAUUGUCGGACGCAUAUUUAUCCCAAAAAUCAAAUAUAAAAACCUUUAUUUUUUUUCUUUGUGACCGUCUACAUGGUAGAAGAAAUACAUUUAGUUCCCAAACUCAAUACUGUCAUGCAAAAACAAGAAAUAAUUUGUAAGAAGACGUUAACAUGUCCUAUAAACUAUGUUAAUCACAUGUAUGCUGAAUAUAGAGUUUGGGGGCGAUGUGACGUCACACAUGAGUUUUUGAGAUUCACCCAAUCCCUCCUCACUUUAUUCUUUCUCAAAUGUCAACGUUCAAAAUGCCAAGAAUGAAGUAUUUCCAUUUUUGAUUUCCACAUCGUGAGUUUGUAGAAAUAACUCCUUCAAGUUACGCAACAGGAGUCGAUGAAUUGUUUUCUAGAAAAUGCCGAAAGGAUCUUGGUUGAUGUUGUGUGGUGCAUUUCUUCGCAUACUCACAAUACGUCUAUAUUCAGAGUAGGGCUGUCAAACGAUUAAUCACAUCCAGAUAAAAGUUUGUGUUUACAUAAAAUAUGUCUGUUUACUGUGCAUAUUAAUUUUGUAUAUAUGAACUCAUACACAUGAAUGCAUAUAUUUAAGAAAAAUAUAACAAUUAGUAAACGUUUAUUUAGAAUUUCAAUUAUUGGUAAAUAUAAAUGAAUGCAUUUAAAUAUUUCCUAAAUAUAUAGACAAGUAUGUGUAUGUUUUGUGUUUAUAAAUACAAAAUGAAUAUGCACAGUACACAGGUAUGUAAAAUGUAAACACAAACUUUUAUUCUGGAUGCGAUUAAUCGUGAAUUCUGCACCAUUGAUUUAUUCAUUGAAUGAAAACACAUGUUUGGUGUGUGUCCUAUGAACGCAUUAAAUCAAACGACAGAUAGACGCUCUUCAUGUCGUCCAAUGCGUAUUUUCUCUAUUAUUGAAGUUGACGAUUAUUGUCACAUCCAGUAUGAGAGCAUCAGUAUUUGUGUGAUGUUGUGUCAAUCCUUAACAGGAUGAAAUCCGCCCUCUAUUUUAGGCUUUGAUUAUUUUGACUUUGCUUGUUGCCAAAUCCUUGGAAGUUUUUUCAUUUUUAAGAGAGACGGCAGAUUUGAGAACUUUGAUGGAAACUUCUUUUCUGUGAUCAAUCGUUGGUCAAUCCAUGCUUAGUCUCAUAAGACUCGUUUUAUUGUAGGCAGUGAUGUUAAACCGCCUGUUUCUGACUCACGACAAACUGUUGGUUUGAUUGUAACAUUGCUCAGAUUUUUUGAAUAAAAGCACCUGUAAAAUAAAGAUUGCUAUAUUUAUGAUAA